AUGCGAUCAAUUUUUAUUGCAUCUACAACAUACGAAAUGUGUACAGGUAAAUUUAAUAUUAUACCUUCGAAUACCACUGAUGCUAAUCAAAAACAACAACGACAAUCAGAACAAGUUCAACAGCAAACAAAAAAUUUUUUUAUUAAAACUGAAUCAAUGCCCUAUCCUAUCAAUGUUGGAUCGGAUAGUGGUAUCGAACAUAUAGAUUCAAAUAGUAAUUAUUCAUCUAGUUUAAAUGAUGAUGAUGAAACAAUGAUAACAUCGACAUCGUUUAAUUUAAAACAUAAAGAUAUUAUUGAAUUUGGUCCAAUUAGAGUUCGUCCAAGAAAAAAUCCUGCUCCUACUCUUGCUACUGGUCGUCGAUCAAAAUAUGAUAUACUUUCACCGGAAGAAGAACAUAAACGUCAAAUACGUCGAGCAAGAAAUCGUGCAGCAGCUGAAAAAGUUCGAAUUCGACGAUUAAGUAUUGAAGAACGUUUAAAAAAACAAAUUAGAGAUCUUGAACAACAAUCAAAUUCAUUAAUUAAUAAUAUAAACGUAUUAGAAGAUCAAAAAUUACAAUUAGAAAGUCGAUUGAUAACACAUGAACAUAUUUGUAUGAAAAAUGAACAAAAUGAUGGUACAAUUUUAUUAAAUGAAAAUGAUUUAUUCUCAGUAUUUCCAAUAGAUAAUCUAACAACAACAGAUGAUAAUCAACAAACAUUCAAUUAUUUACCACCAUCAUCGUCAUCAUCAUCAACAACAACAUUUAAUUAUAAUAAUAAUGGUAUACAGACAACAUUUGACACAUCGAUGAAUACAUUGAUUCCAACAACGACAACAUCCUAUGAUUUGACAUUGGAUAAUUUUAAUUUAUUUUCUCAAGAUUUAACAUUUCCAGAUUUUAGUGAUACUAUUUAUUCUCAAAAUAAUUCUUAUGUGUGUGACGAACUUGAUGAAUUACUGUUAUCAAAAUAA